GGGAGAUAAAUAAAUAAAAAACACAAUUAGGUUAAAUUAUAAAAAAUGGUUGUGAAGUUUGAAAGAUUUUUACACAAACUAUAUAACUUUAUGGGCAUUUUUUAUAAUUCAACAUUCAAACGACUAAAAUAUUUAAUUAAUUUGAAGCAAUUAGGAAACUAGAUUUCCUCCCUUCUUCGCCAUAUUCCGAUCUCAGCUGUCUCUCUCGACAUCUCUCACCGUCUCGGCUCGCUCAGCCACAGUGCCGCCCACGCGCGUCGCCGUCGCUUCGCUGCUGCACCUCCGUCCAACGUUCAUCCAGCCGCCGCAGUCUCGUGCCGGUAUCUGAUAUGGACAGCCUAGUGGACUCUUUAAAUAACGCAUAUCAGGAGUUUGUUGCUGGAGCAGCUAAUGUUCUUGAAGCAAAUGAAGCCUCUGGGGCUCAGAAGACGGCAGCAACAGAUGCCGCUCUUGAGAAUUUUAAACAAAAAUGGGAGCUGUUCAGGGUUGCUUGUGAUCAAGCAGAGGAGUUUGUAGAGUCUGUGAAGCAAAGGAUAGGAUCAGAGUGCCUUGUUGAUGAGGCCACUGGUUCACUGGCUGGCAAGUCUGGGCAGUCUGGUACCACUGGCCUUCCUCCGAUCAGUGCUGUUCGAUUGGAACAGAUGAGCAAAGCUGUAAGAUGGCUCGUGAUUGAGUUGCAGCACGGCUCAGGAGCUGCUGCUUCUGCUUCAGCACACUCUCAUCAGUCUGCUCCUUUUGAUGCUAGAUUUACUGAGGAUGCAACCCAAUAGGUACCGAUCUUACGAGGUUACGUAAUGAGUUCUUGUUUUUGUGUUUUGGAUGAAAUGGCUUUCUUGGGUGGCGGUGGGGUGUUAACUGUGUAAGAUAAUCAGCUUGAGCUUUGACUGAACAUGAAAAAGCUGAUCCAUUUGUUCUGUAUCUAUCGUUAACUAAUAUAGUUUCAUGUUCUUUGUA